GUUAAACAUAUACGAUCGAGCCUAAUCAAUGCAUCUCCAUAGCGAUAUCUACCUGUUUAUCUAGUUUGCCAAAGCAUGGAGUCCGUAAGUCCAAAACAGGGUAUCCUUAAGGAGGAAUUGGCCACUUUGAGAGCUAAAUGGAACUUUAAGAUGAAAGAACUCGAUUAUAAGAUGAGAAAUGGCACAGAAAUUAGUGAUUCAGACAGAUUAUCUGCUGAUAAUGCUUAUCUAGUACGGCAUUUAGGCGAUGCUUUAAGUUUAGCAAUAAGUGAUGUCGUUGAAAAAAGACCAGCGGAUCCAAUCAGUUUUUUAUCCUGCUGUCUCCGUAAAUAUGCGGAAGAUAAAAGGAAAACCUUCGAAGAAGACGUUCGAAAGUUGGAAAUGGAAUUAAUUCUAGAGGAACAAAAUUUAGUACGGGAAGAACGCAAGGUUCAAAGAAUUGAAGAGGCCGCCUAUGAAAAGGAAAACGAGCGGAGAAAGAUGUUGUAUGUUCAAAGGGAACAAGAAAUGGAAGCGAGUUUAUCGGCUUCUCCAAGGCUAUCUGAAGGACAAUUGGAUCACGAAGAUGGAGAAAACAACCAGACGCCAAUGAUAGACGAACCAUACCCGUCACCCACUACUAGACGGCGUUCAAACGCCUCAGAUUUAUACACGAUUAAGGAAGAUGAGAAAAACAAUAAAAAUUCCAACCAAACAAGCGCAGCAGAAGAAGGGAAGGUUGAUAGAGAAUUAACAGCAGACGACGCGGAAGCUAUUGAGAAGUCGAAAUUGCAGAUCGAAGAAGUUAAAGAAGUAACUGACGACCUUAUCGCCAAUAUGUCUUCCGAAAAUAGGCAAAUUAGCAUAGCGGGGGUCGAGCAAGCGGAACUGGAAGCAAUUGCUGAGGUUGAAACUAUGGACGAAAACAACAAAGGGGUGGGAGAAGAGAAAGAUGAAGGUGAAGAAGCCGAGGUUGAAGAGAGAAAAUAAAUCAUUAGCGCCAAUAGACUAGCAUUUUAACAAAGCUUAAUAAAAGUAAAAAAAUAAACAUUAAAAGAGAAAAGUCUUGUUUUCUAAUUAAAAAGAUUAAUUAGGUCAACUUUAAAAGCAGAAAAAAAAGCAGAUUAAAUUAAAGU